GUUCUCCCACAAACAUAUAUCUAUAUAUGUAUUAUAAUUUCUUUUUGUCUUUACAGAAUGCUUCCUAGGAUGAUUAAAAUUUUGGGUCAGUUCCAAGAUUUCAAUCUUCCAAUGUUUCAUUCAAGAAUGAUUGUUUUACUUCUCAAUUGUGUAGUCUUCCAUGUUGAAGCACAAUCCUUAGGCAGCAGCACAGAUACUACUUCUGAGGAACAAUCUAGUUAUCAACCAGGUGUUCAUAUGGUUAUUGGUGUUCUCUCUAUCAUGUUCGCACUAACUUUUGCUCUCCUUGUCUAUGCUAAACACUGCCAUAGAGAAGCUCCUGUUUAUGGAAACAAUCACACGGGUACAAGACUUAUCAGCACAAGCUCUCGAUUUUCCGGUAUUGACAAGACAGUGAUUGAGGCACUUCCUUUUUUCAGAUUCUCCUCUCUUAAAGGGUCAAAGGAAGGUCUUGAAUGUUCAGUCUGCCUGUCAAAAUUCGAAGAUAUUGAAGUUCUCAGAUUGCUGCCCAAAUGCAAACAUGCUUUUCACAUUAGCUGCAUUGAUCACUGGCUGGAAAAGCACUCAAGCUGUCCUCUGUGCAGACACAAGGUUAGUUCUGAGGACCUAACAUUCAUUACCUACUCAAAUAGCAUGAGGUUCUUGUGGAAUAACCAAUCAGAGCACCGACAAGACUCGAAUAUAGAGCUCUUUGUUCGGAGAGAGGAAGAGCAUCGUGGUUCUUCAAGAUUCAGCAUAGGAGGCAGCUUUCGAAAAUCCGAAAAGGUUGUUGAUAAGGAAGAGGAAAUGUUAAUCCAAGAAGAAGCUGCUGAUGAGACAGAGGAGGGUCAGAAAAUCCUGCACAAGCACAAACACAAAAUUGUUGUAUCUGACUUUGAGUUUAAGAACAGAUGGAGCAACGUGAGUUCCUCUGACCUCAUGUUCCUGAACUCAGAGAUGCUUAAUACAAUGUCAAGCAAUAGAUUCUCUUCCGAACAUUUUAUUAAUGAGCAGUUUUCAACUGUGGAAACAACAGGGAAUGAGGACAUUAUGAAGAUUAGGGAGGAGAUAGGGAUGAAAAGAUUGUUUGAGAACAAAAUUAGUACAAUGAACAAAAACAGUACAGCUUCAAACCCAAUUUUACCUUCUACAUCAGAUGGCAUAGCAACUUCAGCUGAUGCCUCAAGUUCUAUGAAUCCAGGUGAGAAAAGAGCAAUGUCAGAAAUCACUGGUCUUUCAAGAUUUGGGAAUUUGGGUUUUAAGAACAGGACCAGGGAGCCUUCUUUGCUUGAAAACAAUGUGAAAGAGGAAAGGAGGAGGAGGCUUUGGUUGCCAAUUGCCAGAAGAACAGUCCAGUGGUUUGCCAACAGAGAGAAAAGGCCUCAACAGCCUUUUGAUGUGUAACAUGGAUCAGUGGACGCUUAAAGUUUCAUAGGUUUUAGGUGGUUUUUGUUUAUAAGUUCAACAGGAACAGACACACACUUUGAAUUGAACACUGUUUCAUUUAUGAAUUCCAUAGUGAGCAUUUUGAAUUCUUAAGGAUAAUAUCUUUCUUAUCAAAUUUCAAAUACCAACUUCUUGUGU